GCUACGAAUGCGAAGAGUUGAUUGCGGUGCCGUGCGGUUCCUUUAGUGGCAAUAAUUUUUCGAUUCUUAGAACUUAGAGAAACAAUAGUCAAUUUUCGCAUCAAACAAGUGUGUUACAAGUGUAGAAAAGUAGAAUUUUACGUAGAUUGUGAUCCGUUCGAUAGCACAAAUUUUUCAAUAUUUUGACAUAACAUAUGCGUUCGCGACUGAAUUCAGAUUUGUUUCUGAAGUUUAGAAAAAAUAAUCGAUUGCAAAUUUACUGACGAGGCACCUUUUUCCUCGGUCAUUUCAACACCUUUAUUGUGUAAAACUGAUAAGCAAAAAAAAAUCGCUGCUCCUAUUGCCAUACAAAGUCAUAACAGCUCAAAGUGGUUACGUAGAUUGAACAUUAGAGGCAUCCACCGGACACGAGUCUGUCGGCUGACUAUCACAGGUUAAAAAGCCUACUAUUAGCUAAAGUGACAACGAUUUCCUCUUAAUUGUUCCUGACUGCCGUGCCGUUAGUGGUUCAACAAAUUAUUGAAGUUAGCUCGAGCUCGUAUCCAAGCAGGCAGUGACGUCGCUGUGCGUAGACGGCCUCGCAGUACAAUGGCGGCUGAUGAUAAAACUAACGAUACAAUGAAAUCACUCGGGUGGAAAUUUCUCAACAAGGAGACCUUUGGCAACGGUGAACGUGCCAACUACGUAAACAGUCCACAUGUCAUCGCUAUGGUAGGGUUGCCAGCGCGAGGCAAAACGUACAUUUCCAAGAAACUAUCCCGCUACCUGAACUGGAUCGGUAUCAACACGAAGGUGUUCAACCUGGGCGAGUACCGGCGGCACGCGACCGACGCCUACCGGAGUCACGAGUUCUUCCGACCCGACAACGAAGCUGCGAUGGCUAUCCGGCAGCACUGCGCCGAAAUGGCACUGGAAGACGUUGGUCAGUGGCUGGAGAAUGGUGGUGAAGUGGCGGUCUUCGAUGCAACAAACUCAACGCGCGAACGACGCCGCAUGAUCAAGGAAAUCAUCGUGCACAAAAUGGGCUAUAAACUCUUCUUCGUGGAAUCCGUUUGUGACGACCCUCAAAUCAUCGAGCAGAAUAUAAUGAUAAAACUUAGAAGUAUUGUGCACUUACCACCGCUGGUAUUGAACAGUAUCGAGGAAGUGAAGGUGAGCAGUCCCGAUUACCGCAACAUGAACAUGGAGGAAGCGCUGUCCGAUUUUCGACUACGAAUCGAACACUACCAGGAACGCUACGAACCGCUGGACGAGGAAAUUGAAAAGCAACUGUCGUACAUGAAGAUCUACAACACCGGCGAAAAGGUCGUCGUCCACAAGCACGAGGGACACAUCCAGUCCCGAAUCGUUUACUACCUGAUGAACAUUCACAUCACCCCAAGGACUAUCUAUCUGACGCGGCACGGUGAAAGUGAUCACAACCUCAAGGGACUGAUUGGAGGUGAUUCUAAUCUGAGUGAACGGGGACGCAAGUACGCCCAGUCGUUGGCCAAGUACAUUUCAGAGCAGCACAUCGAGGGCCUCCGGGUUUGGACUUCGUGGUUGAAGCGCACCAUCCAAACCGUAACCGAUGUCAAUGCACCGCAGGAACGCUGGAAGGCCCUGAACGAAAUCGAUGCUGGUAUCUGUGAGGAAAUGACCUACGAGGAUAUUCAUGAAAAGUUCCCGGAGGAAUUCAAAGCACGCGAUCAGAACAAAUUCGCCUAUCGUUACCCGCGGGGCGAAAGUUACGAAGAUUUGGUCGUCCGACUGGAACCGGUCAUGAUGGAACUGGAGCGGCAGGGUAACGUGCUGGUCGUGUCCCACCAGGCCGUACUGCGCUGUGUGCUGGCGUACUUUUUGGACAAAACUGCAGAUGAACUUCCCUAUCUAAAAGUACCUCUGCAUACUAUCAUCAAGCUAACCCCAGUAGCCUAUGGGUGCAAAGUGGAACACAUCAAGUUGCCAAUUGACGCGGUGGACACACAUCGUGCUAAGCCAGAGAUAUCAGACGAUUCAUUCGGUAGCGACACUAGUUACAACGGCGACCAAUCUCCCCUAUCAUCACGAAAUGGCACUUGCUCACGAUAAGUCACAAACAAAAACAAAAUUGACACACAAUUAGUAAAAAGGUCAGGUUUCGACUAUUGAAGAAAGUUUUAACAGGACAUAUUAUUCCGUUUUAUCAAAAGGUGUUUUCUGUAGCAGAUCAACAUGUGUUAAUAAUAGUAUGUUUUAUGUGCUAUGAGCGAAAUUUGUCAAGAUCAUUAAUAAUUAGGUGUUAAGAUACGAAUAAGCUAAAGUUAAAUCAUUUUUUAAAAUAACAUGUUUUCAUAUACUUUAAUAUUUUGGCAAUAAACUUAUAUUUUACAAUCGAAAAUCGUUAUCAUCCUGUAAAUUGUAAAUAAACCACAUCAAUAACUGAACGGAAGGGACAAAACCUAGUUGUGUUAACACUGAACCACUGUACUCUAACCUCUG